CGGCGCGGUGCGGUGCGGGCGGCGGCUCCAGGCUCCGGAAGCGGCCGUGCUGCCCGCGGAGCCGUUUCCUGCCCGGGACGCGGCGGAGCCGGAGCGGAACGGAGCCGAGCCGAGCGGAGCGGAGCGGAGCCAUGACUCACCAGACCGGCAUCCACGCCACCACGGAAUUAAGGGACUUUUUUGCCAAAGCCCGAAACGGUUCAGUUCGGCUCAUCAAGGUCAUCAUUGAGGACGAACAGCUUGUGCUGGGAGCCCACAAAGAGCUGUCCCGGCGCUGGGAUGCUGACUACGACGCCUUUGUGCUGCCCUUGCUGGACGAGCAGCAGCCGUGCUACAUGCUGUACCGCCUGGACAGCCAGAAUGCUCAGGGCUACGAGUGGCUCUUCAUCUCCUGGUCCCCCGACAGCUCCCCGGUCCGGCUGAAGAUGCUGUACGCUGCCACCAGAGCGACGGUGAAGAAGGAGUUUGGCGGGGGGCACAUAAAGGAUGAGAUGUUUGGAACGGUGAAGGAGGACGUGUCCCUGAGCGGUUACCAAAAGCACGUGUCAUCCUGCUCUGCCCCAGCCCCGCUGACCGCAGCCGAGCAGGAGCUCCAGCAGAUCCGCAUCAAUGAGGAUUCCUGUUCCCAGGACUCCAGCACCGAGAUGAUGGUGGGGGGCUGCUGCUGCUGCCCAUCGCUGGUAGAGUACCCCGACCCCGAGGAGGUGAAGACUGAAAUCAGCGUGGAGAGCAAGCACCAGACCCUGCAGGGCCUGGCCUUCCCCCUGCAGUUGGAUGCUCAGCAAGCCAUCCAGGCGCUCAAGCAGAAGAAAAUCAACUACAUCCAGCUGAAGCUGGAUCUGGAGCGGGAGACCAUCGACCUGGUGCACACAAGCCCCACGGAGAUCGCUGACCUGCCCAAGAGGAUCCCCCAGGACUCAGCGCGCUACCAUUUCUUCCUGUACAAGCACUCGCACGAAGGAGACUACCUGGAGUCUGUCGUCUUUAUCUACUCCAUGCCUGGGUACAAAUGCAGCAUCAAGGAGCGCAUGCUCUACUCCAGCUGCAAGAGCCGGUUGCUGGACACUGUGGAGCAAGAGUUUUGCCUGGAGAUAGCCAAGAAGAUUGAGAUCGACGAUGGAGCCGAGCUGACGGCAGAGUUCCUCUAUGAGGAGGUGCACCCCAAGCAGCACGCCUUCAAGCAGGCCUUCGCCAAGCCCAAGGGGCCUGUGGGGAAGCGGGGACAGAAGCGGCUGAUCAAGGGGCCGGGUGAGAACGGCGAGGACAGUUAGAUCCCGCAGGACCGGGUGGUGAACGGACAGCAUCCCCGCAGCGCUGCCCACCUUCCUCUCCGCUGACCGGGGGAUCUUUCCCUCCAUCUCAGCCUGGGUUUUUCUUCCCUUUCUUUUUUCCUAUUUCAUUCCUUUUUUAAACAUCAGGAUGGCUUUGUUGCACCUGGGGGCAGAGUGAUGGGGAGGGUUCAGGGGUGUUGCUGUUUCUUUUCCCCAUGUCCUUAUCAAGCCCCAGGGCUGCCAGCGGAGGACGGGAGCAGCAGGGCCAUGUCCCCCAGCCUUGCUCCUGUCCCCCCCGGGGUCACAGCCGCUGCUCUCGGUGUCCCAUGGGUGAUGGAAGGACAUGCUUGCCUGCAAGCUGCUCUAUGCAAAGGGAAGGGGGUGGCGUUGGGGAUUCCUGUUUGAAAAGAGAAAAUGCUUCUUUCCCUGCUCCCCCAGCCCCCGGGUUUUGCUCCCCUGUCCUGCUCUUGGUGUGCACAGCCCCUCUGCCCGGGUCUGGAGCGAUCCUGCACCUCCUCAGGGUGCAGGCAGGACCCCUCCCCGUGGGGUGGGCUUUGCUGGCAGGAGUUUGUCCUGGGGGGACCCAGCCAGCAGGAGGUGGAAGGUCCCCCCCCCCAAGGCUGGAGCUCUGCCUGGCACAGAAGAAAGGUCACUGCCUUUGGGUGAUGUUUGCAUCCCCUUUUUGACUCCCCCCGAUAAGGCUCUUCCCCUCGGAGGGAGCCAUUACAGCCCUGACUCCUCCCCAACCCUGUUCAGGAUGGGAGCCAGGGGGACUCCGAGCCCUGGUCCCCCACUCCAUGUGCCCCAGCUCCCACUGUCACUGGGUUUGCUGCUGGCUCUCUGCUCUGGGGCAGCCCUAUGUUUUAAAUAUCUCAUGGGUUACCCCAAAUCCUCGUGCAGAGAAGCAUGACAGCCCCUGCGUGUCCCCCCGGGGACAUCCCCAGCCAUCAGGGGCCAUCGUUGGCUCCAAGGGUCGAGCCUGUGAGUUGGGCUUUGCUGGGGGGGGAGCACCUUGCUGCUGGGUACCAGCGAGGGCUCGAGAGCCGCCCACCUCCCUGGGAAGAUGGAUCCGGGGUCGGUGGAACCCUCUGCUUUCCUGCUGCGGCGCUGAACGUGCCGACGUUGCCUUGAGCUCGGCGGGGCGGGCGGUGGGGGUGAAGCUGGGGAGCAGAGCACGCUGUACUGACCGCUGUAUUUUCUAAAGAAUAAAGUAUUUUUAAAACAG